CAAACAAAGAACUAAGAGUAAAGAUGGUUCAUCAAGCUGAAUUUUUACCACCUACUGGAACGUCCAUUUCCUCUAUCUUACAAGGUGGUUAUAACCAUCCUUUAGCAAGAGAAUGGCAACAUGAACGUCAAUUAACUAAGAAUAUGUUUAUUUUCCCAUUAUUUGUAUCAGACCAACCAGAUGAUGAAACUGAUAUUCCAGCAUUACCAAAUAUUAAAAGAUUUGGUAUUAAUACUUUGAUACCUUACGUUAAAACUUUAGUUGAUAAGGGACUUAGAGCAGUUAUUUUAUUUGGAGUACCAUUAAAGGAAGGAGUAAAAGAUGCAGUAGGUACCGCAGCAGAUGAUCCAGAAGGUCCAGUGAUCUCGGCAAUCAAGGCAUUAAGGAAACAUUUCCCUGAUUUAUUUAUUAUGUGUGAUGUUUGUAUAUGUGAAUAUACUAGUCAUGGACAUUGUGGAUUAUUAUACGAAGACGGCACUUUGAAAAGAGAAGAAAGUGCUUUGAGAAUCGGGGCUGUUGCAGUUAAUUAUGCAAAAGCAGGUGCAAACUCAGUGGCACCAUCUGAUAUGAUUGAUGGUAGAGUGAAAGAUAUAAAAAUUGGAUUAAUUAAUGCUGGUUUAGCUCAUAAAUGUCUUGUGAUGUCAUAUUCUGCCAAAUUUUCUGGUAAUUUAUAUGGACCAUUCAGAGAUGCAGCAGGAUCCGCUCCAAGUCAUGGAGAUCGUAAAGCCUAUCAAUUACCUCCCGGUGGUUCUGGUUUAGCUAGACGUGCUUUGAUUAGAGAUAUGGAAGAAGGUUGCGACGGGGUUAUUAUAAAACCUUCUACCUUCUAUCUUGAUAUUCUUAGCGAUGCCGCUAAGCUUUGUAAAGAUUAUCCAAUUUGUGCAUAUCAUGUAAGUGGUGAAUAUGCCAUGUUACAUGCUGCUGCUGAAAAGGGAGUUGUUGACUUGAAAACUAUUGCUUUUGAAAGUCAUUAUGGUUUAUUAAGAGCCGGUGCAAGAUUAAUCAUCAGUUACUUCACUCCAGAAUUUUUGGAUUGGUUAAACGAAUAAAUCGAUUGUAAAUAAAAAAU